AAUGCUAACUCUCCCCCCUUAAAAUUCAAUUUAUGGCAUGACUCCUUAAAAUUUACCUGAAUAGGAAGCAUUUCAUGAGAAAUGGUUAUUUGGUUUUGAAGAAUAAAAUCCUUUUCUUCCAACUUUUGAAUAUCUAAAUACGGUUUUUCCUUAAAAGAAAAUCAAAAAAGAAGAAGAAAUCAUAUGUUAGAACAAGGAGCUAUUCAAUGUCAACUAGUCUAAAAGCAUCUAUCUUAGCAAAAUAACUCAAUUAAUUGAUACUGAAAUCACUCCAAAACAGUAAUGACAUAAAUUUAUUUUGUUAGCACAAAGCGAAAUGGAGAUAAAUGGAAAAGAAAAAUGAAGUAAGCAGGUGAUUCCUCUGAGGAGCCUUAUGGGGCAAAUACACACUAAUUAAAAUUGGCUCGAAAUAGACAAUCGGCAAGAGAUUCAAGAAAAAGAAAGAAGAUAUACAUUGAACUUCUUGAAAAUAAGGUUGAAGAAUUGACGUAGGAGAUGUUGAGACUUCAAGCAACUAUUGCAAACUAAAACAAUUAUAUUAAUUAUUGUGCUAAAAUCCCAUCUAUGGUAUUUUUUAAUUAUAAACACUUUAUUAUAGAUCAAAGAAUUCCAUAUGAAUUACUAAAACUAACUGCUAAAUCUAAAACAUUCUCCCUGUCAAUCCUAACUAAGAAUUUUAGACUAAGAAUUUGGAGUUCAGUCAAUAAGAAGGAUAGAAUUGUGUAAUUCCUUCUUCAACACUUUGAUGGACCAUGCUAUUCCAAAUGAUUUAAAAAAAAUCAUGGAGUCUGCAAUGAAGGGUAUUAUUAUAUGUUGAAUAAAUUAGGAUAAGACUUUUUUAAUGAGUAAGACCCUAAUUUUAAGGCUAAUCCAAAAAACACACUUAAGGAAACUUAAAGAAAAUUUAUUGAGGAAACAAAGCGUUUAGAAUUGUAUGAAUAUAAUCCUAAUUAUAUUAGUUACAUGUUUGAUAUGGCUAAAAACUUCGAAAAGGUUCGUUAGUAAAGCUUUACUUUGGAGCAACUUAAAUAAGAGGCUUUGAAGGAUAUUUCUCCUAAGACCUUUGCUUAAUACUUAGUCAAUAUCAAUCCAGAACAAUAAGCUAAUGUAAUUAAAGAAGAGGAUGCAGAGCUAUCGUCACUACAGUCACCUUGAUU